AAAAAGGCAUGGCAUACAAUUAAAACCAUGGUUAACUUACCAGUCAUCAGCCCCUUCAAGAAACGCUACUCAUGGGUGCAGCUGGCUGGGCAUACAGGGAGCUUCAAGGCAGCUGACAGCGGGAGGAUCCUGAAGCGUUUCUCAGAGAACGAGAAGGAGUGUUUUGAGCGGCUGAUGAAAGACCCGCUGCACUCCUGCGUCCCUCGCUUCCACGGCGUGGUGGAGAGGGAUGGGGAGAGCUACAUCCAGCUGGAUGACCUGCUUACUGAUUUUGAAGGGCCUUCUGUGAUGGACUGCAAGAUGGGGAUCAGGACAUACUUGGAGGAAGAGUUGACUAAGGCCCGUGAGAAACCGAAGCUGCGUAAGGACAUGUACAAGAAAAUGAUUGAAGUGGAUCCUCUGGCUCCCACAGCUGAAGAGAAUGCCCAGCAUGCUGUCACCAAACCCAGAUACAUGCAGUGGAGGGAAACCAUCAGCUCUAGUGCCAACCUGGGCUUCAGAAUUGAAGGGAUCAAGAAGGCAGAUGGAACAUGCAACACAAACUUCAAAACUACAAAGACACAGGAGCAAGUUCUACAGGUUUUUGUGGAAUUCAUUGAGGGCAACACAACUAUUCUGAACAAAUACCUCAAGCGUCUGCAGGAGAUUCAUAUCAUUCUGGAAUCCUCAGACUUCUUCAAACGACAUGAGGUCGUUGGAAGUUCACUACUUUUUGUACAUGAUGGCAGUGGGAAUGCCAAUGUGUGGCUGAUUGAUUUUGGAAAGACCACUCUUCUCCCUGAUGGGCAGACACUGGAUCACAGGAUCCCCUGGCAAGAAGGCAACAGGGAGGAUGGGUACUUGUUGGGUUUGGACAAUUUGAUUGGCAUCUUGGAAAGCAUCACUGAAAGAUGA